GGUCAGAGGGCGUCCCUGGACCGCUCUGAGAGGACUCCCGGUGGGGGGGCUCUGAAGAGUCUGCUGCUCCUGAAGAUCCCCAUGGGUCUGGGAGCGCUGAGUGCAGGGUAGAAUCGGCACACGUGCACCUGGUGCUCAUGGAGGAAGUCCAGCAUGCACGCUGCUCUCACAUAUCUGUCAGCACCAAACUGCAGCUCACAGCGCCGCUUCAGAGAGAAAAACUGGAGCGAGACGACAGAAGAUGGCUGACGUGAUACAUGCAGCACCUGCCCAUGUUGAAGAUAAGAGCCACAGAUUUGGGGAUGAUACUGGCAGCACAAGCCUGGGAUUUUGCAGACCUCUAAAAAGGCCUGUUCCAGACAACAUUCCUCAUCUAAAAGGCCUGUUCCAGACGGCAUUGCUCCUCAAGCCUGAUCAAACGAUCUGUGCCUGGGACCCUGUUAGGGCAUCUUUUAAGAUAUUCUCUUGAUUCACUCUUGCUUCUGAACAGACAAUUUAUUCUGCUGAUCACAAAAGCAUGAGCAACUUUGAAAAACCCAGAAGCCCUGAAUUUUGGAUGUGACUCAACCUUAAACUGGAGAUUACAACUGCACUGUGAGAUCAGUGAGAAGCAGCAGAGGGUGAAGCCACUGCAGACUCCUCUGGGGGAAGCCGUUCUUCAGACUCCUCUGGGGGAAGCCGUUCUUCCUGCUGCUGGGUCGCACUGCCAUGGCCAUGGUGACCGGGGGCUGGGGAGACCCAAACGGGGACACCAACGGGCUGGGGGAAAAGGGGUACCUGCGAGGGGAUGACGAGGACGAGUCCCCGCAGGCGGGGGGCAGUGACGUGGAGGCGGGGGACGAUGAUAAGGCCUGUGUGGUGGACUGCGUGGUGUGCGGGGACAAGUCCAGUGGGAAGCACUACGGUGUGUUCACCUGCGAGGGCUGCAAGAGCUUCUUCAAGAGGAGCAUCAGACGCAAUCUCAACUACACCUGCAGGUCCAAUCGGGACUGCCAGAUUGACCAGCACCACCGCAACCAGUGUCAGUACUGCCGUCUGAAGAAGUGCUUCCGCGUGGGAAUGCGGAAAGAAGCAGUCCAGAGGGGGCGUAUCCCCCCAUCCCACGCCAGCAUCAGCCCCACCUCCACGCCAGGCAGUGGGGGUCUGGUGGGCGGAGGUGGCGGAGGCAGUGGGGGGGUGGGAGGGGUUGGGGGUGAGUUCUUUAAUGGGCAGCCGGUGUCAGAGUUGAUCUCGCAGCUGCUGCGGGCGGAGCCGUACCCCCCCGCGCGGUUCGGGCCGCAGUACGGCGGGCAGCAGGGCGGGGGCUCCGUCAUGGGCAUCGACAGCAUCUGCGAGCUGGCCGCGCGGCUGCUCUUCAGCACCAUCGAGUGGGCGCGCAACAUCCCGUUCUUCCCCGACCUGCCCGUGUCGGAGCAGGUGGCUCUGCUGCGGCUCAGCUGGAGCGAGCUCUUCAUCCUGAACGCCGCGCAGUCCGCCCUGCCGCUCCACGUCGCCCCCCUGCUGGCCGCUGCCGGCUUCCACUCCGCCCCCAUGUCCGCCGAGCGCGUCGUCUCCUUCAUGGACCAGGUGCGCCUCUUCCAGGACCAGGUGGACAAGCUGACGCGCCUGCAGGUGGACUCGGCCGAGUACAGCUGCCUGAAGGCCAUCGCCCUCUUCUCUCCAGACGCGUGCGGGCUGACGGACCCGGUGCAUGUGGAGAGCCUGCAGGAGAAGGUGCAGGUGGCUCUGACGGAGUACGAGCGCCUGCAUUACCCGAGCCAACCACAGCGCUUCGGCCGCCUGCUGCUCCGCCUCCCGGCCCUGCGCGCCGUUCCCGCCUCCCUCAUCUCCCAGCUCUUCUUCAUGCGCCUGGUGGGAAAGACGCCCAUCGAGACGCUGAUCCGAGACAUGCAGCUGUCCGGCAGCUCCAUCAGCUGGCCCUACGCCCCCGCCCAGUAACCCCCAAACACCCGCACCCCCCUCAGGCACCAACCGGCCAAUCACACACUGUCCCAACCUACCUCCGCAUGACUGACACUGCUCCCGGCCAAUGACACCCCCGAAAUGCGGCUGGGUCAGAGGUCACACUACAGUGAGGUCUGCUUUGAUUGGACAGCUGUGGCCAGUGGCGGAGCACUGGGAAGGCGUGUCUGUGCCUGGCCACGCCUCUCACACACCGGCAGAGUGAUGGCAAAAGGGAGUACAGGAUGACCUGGGUAACUAGAUCUAUCGGACACAGCUUUCACAGAGAAAGUAUGAAUGGAUCUCUGGUCUUUCAUACUUCAGCAUCUCACAGCUGGACAGCUGACUGGCCAGAACCGGAGUUUAAAUCAGGGAACGAGGGAACUGUGGCAAAUGUUUUGUUGUUGUUGUCUCUGUUGUUUUUUGAUAAAUCAGUUCUAUUUUGGAUUUUGAUUGUGACACACUGACACUGGAAUUUUAGAGUGACUUUUUAUGAGGAGAUAGAAUCUGUGAAUGAAAGCUUUUAGCCGCGGUAAUGAACUGACACACUACUAUCCGAAACCUGAGUCACUGCACACCAAUCUCUCCCCUCUCCAGACUGGUCACUCAAUAGGUUUUCACCACAAAUUGCCUUCUUUCCAGAAACAGACUUUUAUUUCAUGAAAAAGACAUCCUUUCAGACAAGCUCUGUUAUAUAAGAAUGGCAUUUACAUUCACAUUCAUUCAUUUGGCGGACUCACAAGCAGUCUGACAGAGAAUCUGCUCUAAACAGACAGAUUGAAUACUGUCCUGCAUCAUUUGGUCUGGAGCGUUAGAUACUUGGUAGUCCUCUUACACAACGUUGUGCGAUUUCAUUCACUUGUUGCUAACAUAAUAAGCAUCAGAAAAGACCCCACCGUGAAACAGAAAUUAAAGUUCUCCCUUGUCCCUCGAUACAGCAAAUACAGUUGUCUCUGUUCAGCAGGACAUUUUCAGUGUUUGCUCUAAAAUCAUUUUUAUCUUUCAGAAGACUAUGAUUUGCUUGACUUUACGCCAGGCUACUAGCUCCCUCCCCCCCUUCCUCCAUGAACAUGUGCAGGUCAAGCAAAUGCUGUGUAAGCACAACCUGCAGUGCCAGGUAACCAACGGAAUCUGAAAUCAUCUGAAUUCAACCCCACCCCACCUGUACCUGGCAACCAUAGAGCUGUUUCACAUUGAACCAGAAUAUCAUUUCAGAUUUAUGGAACAAGUGAGGGUAUUUUCACUGAAACCUAACCCAGUUUAAAGAGUUAUGUAUUUGCCUGAGAGACAGCUGAGGGGAAAAGGAGCCGGCUCUGACAGGAGCUACAGCAGACAAUGGACCAGGUCUGUACAAAGAGUGAUAGUGAACUGCAGGCCUUAGCCGUUAUUAGCUCACAGGACACACAUCCAUAAUGAAAAUAUCUUUUAGAGAAACAUCUGCAUGUUUCAGAAGUGAAAACUGCCUUUCCAAGCCAACUGUGAAGUACAGCUGCAGGCUAGGACAUAACCCACAGCAUUCAACACUUUCUGCGUAAACCCUUGUAGUGACAUCACAGACACAAGGGCUUCUGGGAUUUUCCACCACAGAGCUGCCUGUAGGAAAGGGUGAAAAAAAUUGUGCAAAUCACAUGGGAUCAUCUUGUUAGUUCUCAGUGUUCUCUGGUUUAAAAAUGUGUUCACCAAAAAUGUAACAUUUUGUUAAAGUUGGACUGUAAGCCAUAUUUUCAUCAGAAGCAUUUGGCACGACCUGCUCUCACACUGAAGCCAUCCUUGUGUCGUUCUCUAAAAAUCUGUCAAUAAAUGAUCCUGUCAUUUGACAUA